AUGAAGUAUAAUCGAAGUCAAGCUGCAAUCAGCGAGGUGGUCAACGAGCUUGUUGUCUUUCUCGAUGACCAUUGGGAGCACCUGCUAGACUUCGAUACAGAAGGUGUUCUGGCACCUGAGCGGAUGGAGGAAUAUGCAGCAGCAAUCCAUGCUGUUGGCGCUCCGCUAUCUUCUGUCUGGGGCUUUAUUGAUUGCACCAUUCGGCCAAUCUGCCAUCCAAGCCAAUACCAGCGGGCUGUUUACAACGGCCACAAAAAGGUCCAUGCACUCAAGUUUCAGGCAGUGAAACUUCCCAAUGGACACAUUGGAUAUUUAUAUGGUCCAAUCGAGGGCCGCCGGAAUGAUAACACCCUUCUUCAACAGUCAGAUCUCCUCAAUAAAUGCUACCAGCAUGCAAUCAAACCCGGGACAGACCAAAACACACCACGGGAGCAGCGAUACUUCCAGUUGUUUGGUGAUCCAGCCUAUGGCAUCAGUCCGGUUCUCCUCUCCCCUUAUGCCCAUGCGGGACAACGAACACAAGCCGAAGAUGAGUGGAAUGCAGAAAUGGCAGCUGUGCGCAUUGAAGUUGAGCAUGGCUUUGGAGAUGUUACAAGGCAUUGGCCUUUUCUGAAUGCCUGGUGGAAGCAUCGUGUAUACUCAUCCCCUGUUGGCCGCUACUACCGCAUUGGAGUUCUCCUUACUAAUGCACUCAACUGUCUGCGGCCUAACCAAACUGCUCAAUACUUCAACUGCGAACCCCCUGUAUUGGAAGAAUACUUUCAUAUUUAG